CAGGAAGGGGGGGCAGGGCAUUAACCACGCAUCAGUUGCCACCGACCCCGACCCGACCGGCAUUCAAGUCCCGCGCCGCGCCCCAUCCCCCUCACCUCAUCCCCGUGUGGCCGAAGCGAGCUGCCAAAAACGACGUCCCACGCGGGAGCACCACCAGCACCGGACCGCCGACCGCCGCCCCACAGGCCGCAGCACGAUCGCGACGUCGCCACCACCCACCGCAGGGCAAGGGGACGGGACGGGCACUGGCAACCGGCACCACCCCCGCCACUCCACCCCGAGUUCGCCAGAACCCGAGAAAACCCCUAGUCGGAUCCCCGUCAGGAGAGGGGCGUCGCGGCAGAGAGCUGUUCGUAGCACGCGGGCAGCGCGCUCCAUCGUCCGCGGUGGCCAUGGUCUCGUCCCCGUCCCCUCCCCCUGCCUUCCCCACCGUCGCCUCCAGCGAGCCGAAGCAGCAGCGGGGCGGCGCGAAGGCGGCGCCGGAGAAGGCGGACAAGAAGUACGCGCACGUCCCGACGCCGCUCCACCACGGCGGCGGCGGGGCCAGCAAGAAGACGCCCCGCGGGGCCAAGGGCGGCGACGGCGCCGACGCGGCGGUGUCCUGCUCCGACUGCCGUUUCAAGCAGCGGGCCCUCGCGCCGGCGUCGCCCGGGGCCGUCAUCCGCUCGCUGUUCGUCUCCCUCACGCGCCGCUCCACCCCGCGCUCGUCGCCGUCGGCGACGUCGGCCUCGGGAGGGCCCGGCAACGCGGGGGACGGCGAGCAGUGGCGCCUCGCCGCGGCCGACCUCUCCCGGAGGCUCGCCGCGGCUACGCGCACGCGGGACGAGGCGCUGGAGGAGACCACUCGCCUGAAGCACUCGCUCGCCGAGCUGGAGCUCAAGCUCGCGCGCCUCGAGGCCCGCGUGCUCCCGACGCCCACGGCCGCCGCCUUCCCCGUCGACGCCUUCCUCCGCGCCGUCUCCACCGCGCGCGCCGCCGUGCGGAACCUCGCGCGCGCGCUGUCCACGCACCUCCGCAGCCCCGCCAGCCCCGGCCCCAACAUCGAGAGCUUCCUCAACCGCGCCUUCCACGGCGACUUCGAGCUGGACACCGACGCCGACGCCCACACCCCGGACCCCGCGGGCCGGUGCGAGGCCAACCUCGCGGCGUACCACGCCGUGGCGGUGCUGACGUGGGAGGAGGUCCUGCUCCACGGCACCAAGCACUACAGCGAGGGGCUCAGCCGCUUCUGCGACGCCAAGAUGAGCGAGGUGGUGUCCUCCCUCGGGUGGGCCCGCGCGCGGGCGUGGCCGGAGCCGCUGCUGCAGGCCUUCUUCCUGGCCGCCAAGGGCGUGUGGGGCGUCCGCCUCCUGGCGCGGUCCGUCCACCCGCCGCUCCCCGUGGUGCGCGCGGAGCGCGGCGCGCGCUUCGACCCGCGGUUCAUGGAGGACGCCGCGGCCAGGCGGGCGGGGAGGCUGGAGCCGGCCAGCGUGAAGAUGAUGGUGGCGCCGGGGUUCCACGUGUACCUGGCCGGCGCGGGCGUGGUGAAGUGCAGGGUCGUGUGCUUCUACAGCAGCAGCAACGGCCGCACCGCCGGCCACAGAGAUGGCGGGAGCAGCACCAACGGCAACGUGGGGUUGGGGAGUAGCUGUAGUGACAUGAAUGGGAGUGCUACAGACGUGGUGGAUAGCUGUAAGAGCAGUAGGGUCGGGUAGUUGCUGCAUACUCGUAGGUAAAGAAGAACACGGGGAAUUUUCCUUGUCCGGUAAAAACACGAUCUGCAUUUAGCUGCUACUGCUGUUCUGUUUGUGUGAAUAUGGGUGAAUUGAUCAUUACCAAUUUCUUCUAGUUUUGCAUCUCUAAAAGUUUAAAUUC